UCAUUAUAAUUUGAGUGAUUACUGUAGAAUUCUGGUAUUAUAUCUGAACAAUCCGUUUAUCGUAUCGGAGACACUUAUCCCUCUAUUUCUCAACCGUCAAGCGUAUCUCCCUUAAUCCUUAACUGUCUCUGUUGAAUUAUAGAUAAGCGUGUGAGUACUUCUCCUUUGCUGCAUUUCUUACUCGAGCGUUCAUUUUACGCGACGGAAAACAGACUGGAAAAUUCUUAAUCGGCGGAGGCAUCGAAUUAAAUCCACUAACUGAAAAUACUUACGAUGGAUACGAAGAUCAGCGGUUUCGCCACGCCGAGCGCCCCGCCCUUCGAGGGCAGUCCGCUGCCCCCUCCCUCCUACGAGGAAGUGAUGCAGAGCAUCAAGGCCAGCCAACAGGCCGCCACGUUCCCGGAAGCGGGCGCCUCCUCGCACUCCGCCUGUUCGGAAAUGUUCAGCGCCGGUUCCACCUACGCCCGCAUGUUCCUGCUCUUGGCGAUUGUGGCCGGCAUCGUCCUGCUCGUUAUUGGCGGGGUGGCGUCCGUCACGUGGGGGCUGGUGGCCGGGGGCGUGCUCUUCGGGUUGGGCUACUUCAUCUACCUGCUGGACGUGUUCUGCUGGGGAUCGAAUUACAAGUUCCUCAGCAACCCUAAUGAAGCGGCCAAUAUCCACUACCAUGUCGAUGCUGUGCGAGCCGCCCCGCCGGCCAUCGUGUGGAUCAUGGAGUGCUACCACAUGGAGACGCGCACCCGCACCGUGGAGGAGGGCAGCGGCGACGACCGGCGCACCCGCACGGAGACCUACGAGGAGAAGUGCGUGACGUGGCGCGGCCACCAAGCCUUCGAGUACACGCACUGGGCGGACGUCAGUGCGCCGCACCAGCUGGAGCGCCUCCAAGCGGCCGACCACACCCGCGUCCGCUUCCGCAAGCACUACGAGCUGGCCGACGAGGCGACCAUUUCGGCGUACGCCAUGCAGAAGCAGUAUUUUGUCGACGCGAACAAGUACCGCGACUGCAGCUACGAUCUCAGCGAGGCGUUUAUGGUGCCCGGGUUCGUGCCGGCGGUCCUGGCCAGUCAGCCGGGGCGGGAGCGGCCCUUUUUCUUGCGGUUGAGCUGGUAUUUGUUGGCCGUGGUGGUGCUGCUGGAGUUGCCGUUCAGUUUUAUGAUUAAGAAGCACUCGGCGCUGAUGGAGUAUGUCUAUGUGAAACGGCUGACGUGUGCUCCGCAUUGCUGUUAAUUUGUGUAAAAUCUUCGUUUUUUUACGCUCAGUGAUAUUGGUUCUUUAAAGCAGUAUUGGUCAAAAGUUUGUGACCUUUUGUACUUUAACGGCGGCACCGUUAAGCCGUACAAAUCCUGCGUCAACAUAAAGCAGCGGUUUUUA